AUGGGGCACCAGCCAACGCCUGUCCUCGACAUGCAAGAGGACAUGAAGCAGGUCCCUAGCGGCGCCCAACCUGUGCUCACUACACUCGUCAAGAAGGUGAACAGUCCGGAAGAAGUCGAAAAUCUGUUACAGCGCUUCGCUCGACAGCCGUAUGAUCGAUACGGUGCAGCUGUGUGCCAGAUUGCUGCGGUCCGCGAUCUGCUCGCGGAUGGCAUGCUGGCCAGUAUCGAUCCUAACCUGGCCGUGCGGCAGCCAAGUGAGGAAGGCGAAAUUAGGGAGUCAACGAAUGGAGAUGUCGUUGUGAUGACAGAGUGCUUCACUGACGAUCACGUUUCGACUGCUGCCUCAUAUCAAGGUGGCGACGUGGAACGCAGCGCGCAGCACGAUCACGAACUCGUGCAGCCAGCCUCAGAGCCGUCGAUCUCGCUUCACCUGCAAUCACAAUCGCCGCUGAGUGUCGGAGCUGAUAUCCAAUCCGACAGUGCUGGCGCAGUCAAUGCUCAUCAUGGGCUGCCUGCGGCGCAUGAUACCUCUCAACACCGCGAGGUGCCUCAAUUCGGCCAGGUCUCGCGUCUGACCUCGAAGUAUUUCGAGAUACUUGGGGACAGUCUUGGAGAUCGGCGCGACUGGUCUCAUUUUCAGCUCAUCCCAACCCUGUACACCACUACUGCCAGCUCUUCUGCCGGGUGCGUGUCUGCCAACUUACGAUUUGGAGGGCAAGGGCAGUCGCUCUCUACCCCACACAGCCAGGGGCAGACCGAGCGUGCAGCUCUCUCUAGCCCGGUUGAUGAUCUGACAACACCAGCACAAACCGCAAUUGCUACACAAGUUGAUGCCAUUGAAACACCACCAACUUUCGCUCAAAUCAAUCCAGCGAGAGCCAACCUGAUGCAGUCUCAAUCUACGGAAGAGUUUGUACCAUGGUUCAGGGAGGAAGAGCAUCAGCCUUUCCAGCCGACAGGCGCCAAUUUCGUGCCACUGAACAGCGCACUAGAGACCGGACAGAUGGAACACAGACACGGGAUGGGUACGAGCGGUCGGCCCACCACCUUCGGCUCGCAGCCAAGUAGCAUCGAUCAGAGUCAAGCCGCCAAAGGCAGUAAGCAUGAGCCGCCACAUGCGCGGAGACGAAAGCGCAAGCGUGCGCCAAGUCGCGAAGAGACGCCUACUGACACCAACUUCGAGCCAAAAGAAGACAAGACCGUGGUCUUGAACCUGCUAGAUCCAACUGGGCCUUACGAAAACCCAGCCCAUCAGAAGCGCAUCGUAAAAGGUCUUGCGGCGAAGCUGGCUGAACGUAUUAAUUCGUACCUGAUGUUGGGCGGCGUGCCGGGUGUCACCCUCCCGCGGCUGAACUUACAAGGUCGUAUGCCUGACGGCGCUCGCAUAGACUUCGAUUGUCGCGCGAGAGUCGAGAACGCAAACGAUGUCAGGGAACUCCUGACAUCGAUUCUCCUUCGGUCUGGCACAGCGAAGCAGAAGCGUGUCGAGUGCGACAAGAUCCUCCGCCAUGUAGCUCGAUGGAAUCCUGCCUUGUUCCCUGAAUUCUCAUCGAGCUUGAGUAAUAAUAAAGUGUGCCUACGAGCAGCCUCGCCCGACACGUACAAGUCGUUUCUUGACGUACUGACAACGACCGAAGACCUGCGACUAAACCGGCCUUUGCGUGCCAUCAAUGGCUACAGCAUCGCCUCACGGAUCUUCGACGCCGCCAGGCAGCAUGUUCGCAGACAUGCUCCUGGCUCGAGCCUACUUCAGGACCCAGCUGCCAAGACUCUCUUCGCUGGGGCAGGCUACAACGCAGCUGCUCUUGGUCCAGUGCCUGCGAAGUUCUCCUUGGUCAGAGGUGGCAUUGGAACGCCAAGGAGGAGCUUUUUGGACGCGCUCGAGACUAGCUUCAUGCUCCAGACGACCAGAUCCGAGGAGUUUGAAGCUGAGCUUGAGCGUCUCCUGUACUGUCUUGCUGAGCAGGACAAGACUGCUUGGCCGGAGCUCUUUGCCUGA